AUGAGAAACAAUUCGUUAGGAGAUAUCACCAAUCUCUCUGCUUCAGACUGUUCCCUUCCGCUGGCUCAUGGCUUUGGCCUAAUGGCGGCCAAUUCUGUCGGAGCUGUGGUGGGUACUUUUGGUAACUUCCUUGUUUGCACCGCGGUUCUUUACACAAGCCCUAGACUACGAAGAUGCUCUAACUAUCUUCUUGUUAGCUUGGCGAUCGCUGAUUUGAUCGUGACCAUGGUGUGUGAGCCGUUAGUCGUGGGAAUUGUGGCCAAGAAAACCUUUUUCAACGACUGUGCAUCAAACCUGGAGCUCGCCUAUGUUGUGUCUUCUAACUUCUCGUGCUCAGCUUCUGUCAUGCAUCUAGCGGCAAUCAGCGUCGAUCGCUUUCUCGCCGUAAUUUUCCCUCUCCGUCAUGGUCGCAUAAUGAAGAGCCAUGGCUUGAAGGUCAUGUUGAUAGUUGUUUGGGGUGUAGCAACAGUGUUUGCAUCUCUUCGCGUGCCUUUCCUGAAAGAAACAGCUUACAUGGUUGUUGCGAUGUUUAUUAUAAGCUAUUUCCUUGUCNGUGGGUACUUUUGGUAACUUCCUUGUUUGCACCGCGGUUCUUUACACAAGCCCUAGACUACGAAGAUGCUCUAACUAUCUUCUUGUUAGCUUGGCGAUCGCUGAUUUGAUCGUGACCAUGGUGUGUGAGCCGUUAGUCGUGGGAAUUGUGGCCAAGAAAACCUUUUUCAACGACUGUGCAUCAAACCUGGAGCUCGCCUAUGUUGUGUCUUCUAACUUCUCGUGCUCAGCUUCUGUCAUGCAUCUAGCGGCAAUCAGCGUCGAUCGCUUUCUCGCCGUAAUUUUCCCUCUCCGUCAUGGUCGCAUAAUGAAGAGCCAUGGCUUGAAGGUCAUGUUGAUAGUUGUUUGGGGUGUAGCAACAGUGUUUGCAUCUCUUCGCGUGCCUUUCCUGAAAGAAACAGCUUACAUGGUUGUUGCGAUGUUUAUUAUAAGCUAUUUCCUUGUCAUCGGAAGCUACUUGUCCAUCACGAUUUCGGUAUUUCUGCUCAGGAGGAGAAAGAAGCAAGCAUCAAGGCAAGGCAGAACAGUCAGAAUUUCUGUCAGCAGCAAAGCUGAGAGACGGUUUGCCUUCACGCUGGCUAUUGUAAUUGGUGUAUUCACAGCAUGCUGGUUUCCCAUGAUCGUUGUUUUCUUUGCUGCCGGGAAGUCUUUGGUGAAAAUGUACGGGACAGCGUACAUGUGGAUAAGAACUUUGGCCUUGUUAAAUUCAGCUAUGAACUUUCUUAUCUACAGCGCUAGAAUUCGUGACUUCAGAGACUCCUAUGCUCUUAUAUGCCGCAAGAUUCUUCGCUGUGGCUGA